AUGGAGAACGGUGAUAAAUUGUGUAUACAAAUGAAAUCGGUUGAUGUCUUGAUAUUUGAAAAGGACAUACAAGCGUUAAACCAGAAGAGUGAUUGGGAUAAUCUUUUGUUCCUGGAUUUACAAAAGAGAUGUGUUAAAGUUUUGAAGGAUCUGCUGAGAGGAGACAAACAGAAGAUUAAAAGAAAUCAAGUUCGAGAACAUUAUUUGAAGGGAUUAAAAGCCAAGAUUGUCAAAAGGUGGGUUUGUGUAUGUGUAUUUUCUUUAUUGCAGCCUAAGAAUGUAGAAUAUGUGAAUUCUGAAUAUGGAAAGAAUGCAGUGAGAAUCCUAUAUGUUAGACGAGAAGGCAAGAUACACCGCAUUAAAGAACUGGCAAUCUCUGUACAUAUAAGACUCAACACUGUGAAUGAAUACUUCAAUGCUGACAACUCCAGAGUCAUCCCUACAGACACCAUAAAGAAUACAGUUCAAGCGUUGGCCAAAUGCCGUGGGAUCAGAACAAUAGAGGAGUUUGGGCUUGAUAUCUGCAAUCAGUUCAUUAAAACUUUUUGCCACGUCGUGUACUGCAAUGCCUUUAUCCAAGAGGUUCCAUGGCAGCGUCUAGAAAAGGACUGUACUCCCCAUGCCCAUGCUUUUCUCUACAGCUCUGAAGGAAUUCGAUUUUGUGAAGUGGAACAGACUCAGGACAGCACUCCAAUUGUUUUUUCUGGCAUUAAGGAUCUAAAACUUAUGAAAACAACCCAGUCUGGAUUUCAGGGUUUCCUUAAAGAAAAAUACACCACACUUCCAGAAAGAAUAGAUAGAGUGCUGUCGGUAGAAACACUCAUCAAGUGGUGCUACGGUGAAUGCUUAGAUGGCCUGGAUUAUGACUGCAUAUGGAGAAGUGCCCACGAAAGUGUCCUUGAUGCUUUUGCUGGGCCACCGGAAACAGGCCAUUACUCACCAUCUUACCAGAAGACAGUCAACUGCAUUCAGACAUUAAUUCUGGAAAGAAUUCCGCAGAUUGAAGAGGUGGAAGUGAUCUUGUCUAACAUCCACUAUUCAGUGACAAAUUUAGAAAAACUGGGAUUAAGCAAUGACAAGGAGAUUUUUACACCUCAGGAGACACCCUUUGGUGCUUGUGCAUCUACACUACGUAGGAAGGACUGUUCAAAGAGACUGCGUCAGAUGCCAGUAGACUGCAAACCCCGUUGCUCUUUUGAAUGGAAGUUUAGCCGUGGAUUACACUGA